AUGUACGCGACUUGAGUAUGAGACGCGCAAAGUGGAAAAUAAUAUUCAUGUAAAUUCAACAUUUGAGAAUCCUUUCACAUAAUGGAUUCAAUUCAUGAAGUUUAUCCUGAUGCUGCGACUGGAGAUACUACUUCUCAACCUUUAAAGGGCAUAAUUGUUUGUUGUACUAAUGUGUCGGAUGAAAAGCGUGUAAGUUUUAUCUAUUUUAUCAAUGUUCAUGAAUGAGUAUCGAAUAACCAUGAUCUACAUUGACUUGCAUGAUUUUGCGACUUACGCCUGCGCAUCAUUCAAUUUGAGCCCCAUCGCUGACAUGGACAAAUUUAUAGGCAGAAUUAAAUGCCCAGGCAAAGCAAAUGGGUGCCAGUGUUCAAGCUGAUCUCGGAGUCGAAGUUACCCACCUUGUCGUUGGACAUUGGGAUAGUCCAAAAUAUCAUCAUGUUGCCCGAUUUCGGCCAGAUAUUCGACCGAUGACUAUGGAUUGGAUUGCGACGGUUCGGAACCUUUGGAUAAACGACCAAGAUAUAGAUAUGGAUUUAUUGGAACGACAACAUAUGUUACAUACACUUACUUCCCUCAGAAUUAGCUUGACCGGGUGCGAUGACAUGGCCGAGAGACAGGAUAUUGCGGAGAAGAUUAAAGCAAAUGGGGGAGAAUAUGAUGGGAAUUUAACCAAGCAAAUUACACAUUUAAUAUCAUAUCGAACGGAGGGCAACAAAUACAAGGCAGCAAAAAGCUGGGGCUUACGGAUAGUUUCUGCUGAGUGGUUAUUGGAUACUUUGGAAAGAGGGAUGAUUUUGGAUGAGAAAUACUAUGAUCCUUCUUUACCGAUAGAAGAAAGGGGAAAAGGUUCUUGGGACAAAAAUAGGCCGAGGAUAAAUUCAUCGAAAAAGAGGGCCAGAGAACAAACUCGAUCUGGUGUCGAAGAGGGCAAGAGGAAAUUACGCAGGACUGCGAGUACAAAAUUGAACACCCAGAGUCAAAGUAUAUGGGGAGAUAUUGUUGGUAGUGGUAAUAAGAUUCAGGUGUCGAGAGGCGGGAUUUGGGAUACCAGUGACAGCUUUGCGCCAGCAGAAAAAGAACUAUCCGAGAAAAGCAAAGAGGUGACACCACCGAAAGCUAAAACCCUUGACCUUGUUCAAGAACCGGACCAACCAGUUGGUGGCAUAUUUUAUGAGUGUCGAUUUUGGAUUCACGGGUUUUCUGCUAAGCAUACACAAAUACUGGGAAAUCAUCUAGUUGCACAUGAUGGUAAAGUGCUUCAGAAUGAGUCUGACCUAAGUGCUCCAAACGCAAGGAAACGGACUUAUGUGAUCGUUCCAUUUCAUCUCCCAACCUCAAAAUAUCCCAAUUUAAGUUCAGAGGUUGAGAUAAUUACGGACUGGUGGGUCGAACGAUGUUUGCAACUGAAAAAAUACCUUGAACCUGAACAACACGUUCUAGGAAGACCGUUUCCUAAGUUUCCUAUAGAAGGUUUUAGUGAUCUGAAAAUCUCAUCCGCAGCAUUCACCGGCAUUGAUAUUCUUCACGUAAAGAGAACCACCGAAUUACUCGGGGGUACAUAUAGUGAAGACAUGACUCCACAAUCCUCAGUUCUCGUUACAAAAUCUAUAGUAAAUCUUCGGAAAGACAAGCUAGAGCACGCUCAAGAAUGGAAAAUUCCGAUUGUUACGGCCGACUGGCUUUGGGAUUGUAUCAAGUCAGGAACCAAGUUACCAUUCGCAAAAUACAGAUACAGAGCCAAGAAACAACCAGCUUCGGCACCUAUCUCGAAAAAGGAAUCAAUACCAACACACGUUAGCAACCCGGAACGAACAAGUCACGAAGACACAGGAUCAAAAUCUAGAUCAAGUACACUCCCCUCACGGUCUUCAUCUAAGCCAAUCCGCAUUGCUCCUCUAGAUGAGAGCGCAUUUGCACCAUUAGAAUCAAAUUCUACCCCAAUAAAAGACGAACAAGAUUCAGUACCACUCCCUAUUCACCUUGAACCCGAAUCAUCAGAACUUACGCCUCCACCUCCUUCGAAGCCAGAACCUCUUUCUGAAAUUCCUCUCAAUUCACACUCCGCAAACCCUACCCCUACAACUGACCUUCAUCUCUCUACUACCUCGGAAAUCCCCGAACAAAAAUCCAUAGACAUCAGCUCCCUCCUAGCGAAAACGAAGCGCCCUUCCUGUUCUUCAGUUUCUAUCUCAAAUGCCAAAGCUAUUACCAACGACCAGAAUUCUAAUCGACCUCGCCAACCACGCGGUAAAGCAAUUAUUGGACGUGCCCUAUCCAACGUCUCCACCGCUUCCCUAGCCUCAUCUGUAGAUUCCACUGCUACCAGUGGCCCUGCAGUAAUCUACCCUCGUCCGCAAGAAUCUUAUGGAAAUCAUGGAAGUCAAGACGAAAUAAACGAAUUCAUGAAUCUUCAAGGUGACCGCGAGAAAUUUGCAAAGGAAUUUCCUCCAGCAACACAACUAGGAUAUAGCGAUAAAGAAGGCGAGGAGCAUAGAAUGAUGGUACAAGGAAUCAUGGAGGGUAAGGAAAAGGAGACGAUUGAAAAGGAAAUGAGUGUGGUGAGAGAAAAAGAGAGAGCGAAAAAGGGAUUGGGAAGGAAGGGGACUGUUGGAGAUUUCUCGAAUAGUGAAGUAGUUGCAGGGAAAGGAGGAGGAUCGACAAGGACGAGUGGAAGAACUAGGAGGGGUGGGUAGGAUGAUGAUGAUGAUGGGGUAAAUGUACUUGAGUGAGAACUUGGUUGGUUGUCAUGAAGGGGGAGGAGGGGUGCGAAAUGGGAAAUGGGAAAUGAAAUGAAAUGAAUGAUUGGUUUAUAAGUAAUAGGAUAAAUUUGGAGUUUGGGGUUGGGAG